AUCUAAAGAUGUGGACAGAAGUCGGAAAGCUUGUGCUAUUACAUUUGUUACUCAUGGAGCUCUACUGCGCUAAAGGAACUCAUACAGAGUCAGAGUGUGAAACUGGCCAGUUUCAGUGUAAGAACGGACGGUGCAUCCCGACCCUGUGGAGAUGUGAUGAUGAUGAUGAUUGCUCAGACAGCAGCGAUGAGGAGAAUUGUCCAAAGAAGACGUGUGCGACCACAGACUUCGCCUGUAAGAACGGACAGUGUGUUCCUGCUAGGUGGCGCUGUGAUGGAGAGCCGGAGUGUGCAGACGGUUCAGACGAGGCUGAUGCAAUCUGCAGCCGACAGACCUGUCCACCGGAGAAGUUUGAUUGCGGAGGGGCUGCCAGCAAAUGUGUUUCGUUGUCAUGGCGAUGCGACGGAGAGAGGGACUGUGAGAACGGGGCCGAUGAGGAGCAGUGCGCUGCAGAUGCCAAGGCCUGCCCCUCCAAAGAUUUCCAGUGCCGUAACGGGAAGUGUUUGGCGCCGAUCUUUGUGUGCGAUGGCGAUGACGACUGCGGGGACGCCAGCGAUGAGGAGAAGUGCUCUGCUCCCACCUGCGGUCAGCAUGAGUUCCGUUGCAAUGACUCCGAGUGCAUCCCUGCCCUGUGGAGCUGUGACGGCGACCCGGACUGCAAGGACAAGUCGGACGAGUCCAUGGAGCGCUGCAGCCGAAGGACGGAGCCCCAGAAACCUCGCUGCCCGGUGGGCGAGUUCCAGUGUGGGAGUGGGGAGUGUGUCCACAUGAACUGGAAGUGUGAUGGAGACGCAGACUGCAAGGAUAAAUCUGAUGAAGCAAACUGUCCCCUACUUACAUGUCGGCCUGAUGAGUUCCAGUGCGGUGAUGGCUCCUGUAUCCAUGGCACCAAACAGUGUAAUAAAGUUCAUGACUGUCCAGACUACAGUGAUGAAGCUGGCUGCGUCAACAGCCUCAAUGAGUGUGCCGACAACAAUGGCGGGUGCUCUCACAUCUGCAGGGACCGGAGAAUUGGUUAUGAGUGUGACUGUCCCUCUGGCUACAAACUCCUGGACAAAAAGUCUUGCGGAGACAUAGAUGAAUGUGAGAAUCCAGACGCCUGCAGUCAGAUCUGCAUCAACUACAAAGGAGAUUAUAAGUGUGAGUGCUACGAAGGCUACGAGAUGGACCAUGCCUCUAAGACCUGCAAGGCCGUGGCAGGAAAAAGUCCGUACCUGAUGUUCACCAACCGCCAUGAGAUCCGUCGCAUUGACCUGCUGAAGAGUGAAUAUACACAAGUGGUUCCCACACUGAAAAACGCCGUGGCCCUGGAUGUAGACGUUUCCACCAACAAGAUGUUCUGGUGUGAUUUAUAUCAUCGUAAAAUAUACAGUGCUUACAUCAACAAGGCCAGUGACUCAUCACAGCAGGUGGCGCUCAUCGACUCGCUCCACUCCCCAGAGGGCUUGGCAGUCGACUGGGUGCAUAAGAACAUCUACUGGACCGACUCAGGCAACAAGAGCAUCUCCGUCGCCACGGGGGACGGCAGGAAGAGGAAAGUGCUGAUAGCCACUGAGCUGAGCGAGCCGCGGGCCAUCGCAGUGGAUCCACACCAAGGGUUUAUGUAUUGGUCGGACUGGGGAGGUCAGGCCAAAAUUGAGAAGGCUGGGAUGAAUGGAGUGGAUCGACAAGUGUUGGUGUCUGAGCACAUCGAGUGGCCCAAUGGAAUCACCCUGGACUUGUCCAAUAGGCGUUUGUACUGGGUGGACUCCAAGCUGCACCUGCUGUCCAGUGUGGAUCUGAAUGGAGACAACCGCAAAGUGCUGCUGUCCUCCCAUCACCACCUGGGACACCCAUUUGCCCUCACCGUGUUUGAGGAUCGCAUUUAUUGGACAGACUUGGAGGACGAAGCGAUAUACAGCGCCAACCGACUGACGGGACAUGACGUGGCGAAGGUGGCAGAGCACCUCAACAACCCCCUGGACCUGGUGGUGUUUCAUGAACAGAGGCAGCCAAAGGCCCCCGACACCUGUAAUUUGGGCAGUCUUCCGAACGGUGGCUGUGAGUACCUUUGUCUGAAGGCCCCUCAGAUCACAGACCACUCCCCCAAGUACACCUGUGCCUGUCCUGAUGGCAUGGAGCUGGGACCAGACAUGAGGCGCUGUGCUGUAGCUGCGAGUGAUCACUACCUCAUAGGUAACAACAUCACAGUAGCUGUUCUGGGGAUAGUCAUUCCUAUCGUGGUCAUCGGAUUACUCUGCACCGGCGGAUACCUGGUUUGGCGCAACUGGCGACGCAAGAACACCAAGAGCAUGAAUUUCGACAACCCCGUUUACCGCAAAACCACAGAGGACGACGACGACGAAAUCCACAUCGGCCGACACAGCGAGUCCAUCGGUCACGUCUACCCAGCACGCGUGGCACUCAGUCUGGAGGAUGAUGGCUAUCCCUGA